AGGGAAGUACCAGCCAGUCAGCUCCUGUUAUUUUAAUGACAGUUGGAAGCUGAUCACUUAGUACUUAAUUUCUAUCCAAUCUUUGAUAAAGCUGCCCCUUAGAUUGAAAUCACGGUAUCAAAAUCUCACUUACCAUGAUCUCCGUGACGGCUCCACCUCCUCUGAUCCUCCAGGAGCCGUCUCAGCUCCGUUCUCCGGCUCAUCUCCAGAUGUCCAAUAAAUCCACCAAAUAGAAAAAAUAAAAUAAAAAAAUGUUCAGGAAAAUCACAGAUUUUAUUGUGCUCUGAACAACAAGAUAAAUCGCUGGAAGUAUAACACUAGCUGCAAAGCACACUAGCUCGCUCUUCCAAGGCAAGACUAUAGUAUCAGCCACCAGAGCUUCAACUGUCAACUGCCACUGAUGUGGCUGUGCACUGGGCUCAUAUACCUGUCCAUAUACAAAAUGGCUGACUGCUCACAUCACUACAGUCAGUCAGCCAUAUUUCUUACUGGCAUGGAGAAAACCAGCUACUGAGUAUCUGUAUUAUCAUGAAUUUUACUGCUGACUAGCUUACACAAUAUUUCUACAAACUUUCCAAUGAAGCCCCACCCACUACCCCAUAAGCACCACCCCCAGUGCGGUCACAGAUUGGGACUUUUUGAUGUAAUAGUGACAGUGGGCUGCCUUGCUUAUCAAUCUUGUGGCCAGGAGACUGAUUACAGCCGCUAGAACUAUCCUCAGCAGGAGCUGCAGAACUGCGCUUCUUCCAGAUCCUAACAAAAUGUGUCUGCGUGACAGGACAUAGCUCCGUCGUGGUGAAACGCAUUGGAUGUUAUCCGCUGGUUAGCUGUUAUCAGCUCAGAUAAGGGGAGGAGCCUAAAGCAGAGAGAUUGUGACGGCAGACAUAGUGACUACGCCAUAAGGACCUGCGGAGAAACUUCCCGGUUUUUGCCUUGGAGCCCAGCAGUGCGGGUAAUCCGGAUAGCACUCUGCUUUUAUACCACCAGUGGCUCCAUCCUCACUGACCGGGGGAACAUUUCCGACGCGUUUCAUGUUAUUCGUGUAGUGACAGCAGAGAUGGUGAGGAAUGAGCCAGACACUGAUGGACAGAAAGGCGUCCUAAUCACCACAGCCAGCAUCGCUGCCUAUGACGCAGCGGUCAGCCUUGCUUAUCAAUCUUGUGGCCAGGAGACUGAUUACAGCCGCUAGAACUAUCCUCAGCAGGAGCUGCAGAACUGCGCUUCUUCCAGAUCCUAACAAAAUGUGUCUGCGUGACAGGACAUAGCUCCGUCGUGGUGAAACGCAUUGGAUGUUAUCCGCUUGUUAGCUGUUAUCAGCUCAGAUAAGUGUGUCCCUAUGGUCCCGGAUCCGGCUGAGUGACGUCAUUUCCAGUGCGAUGGAGGUGCUGAUCGGGAAGCCCGGCUGGCAGGAUCACGAUCUCAACCUUAUCACCUACAUGCUCUCCUCUACCCGUCUAUACCCCAUGAUCAUGAAGUGGACCCCAGCAUCCUCUACAGACUAGGAGAAAAGGAUUUACCAGGGAGAAGCCUAAAGCAGAGAGAUUGUGACGGCAGACAUAGUGACUACGCCAUAAGGACCUGCGGAGAAACUUCCCGGUUUUUGCCUUGGAGCCCAGCAGUGCGGGUAAUCCGGAUAGCACUCUACUUUUAUACCACCAGUGGCUCCAUCCUCACUGACCGGGGGAACAUUUCCGACGCGUUUCAUGUUAUUCGUCUAGUGACAGCAGAGAUGGUGAGGAAUGAGCCAGACACUGAUGGACAGAAAGGCGUCCUAAUCACCACAGCCAGCAUCGCUGCCUAUGACGCACCGGUCAGCCUUGCUUAUCAAUCCUGUGGCCGUGGCCAGGAGACUGAUUAUUGCCGCUUGAACAGGAGCUGCAGAACUGCGCUUCUUCCAGAUUCUAAUAAAAUGUGUCUGAGUGACAGGACGUAGCUGCGUCGUGGUGAAACGCAUUGGAUGUUAUCCGCUGGUUAGCUGUUAUCAGUUCAGAUAAGGACAUUUAAUGGAAUACAUAUUUGGAUGAAUACAUAUAUUGGUGAAGAACAGUUUUCAGCAAGUCAUUUCAAUAGAGCAUAUUAUCAUGGAGGGAUUUCCUGCAGUAUUUUACAGUGAACCUGCUGCGUUGGGGCUCCUUGCAAAUGCCGUUAGUGCUUUCCUCGUUUGUAUGCAAAACUUCUCUCUGUUUAACACCUCUAUUACUGCUGGAGGAGUGGAAAACAUUCUCGCAGGUGUUCACUUGAUCCUAAUUGGAGGUGUAACUCAGCUCAUUGCGGGAUUCCUGUCCUUUCGAAAGUAUGACCAUUUAAGUGGCACCUCAUUCCUGGCCUUCUCUGCCUUGUGGAGCAGCUAUGGGGCUACUCGUAUCAUUGUGGGCUCAGAAUCAGUUUCUCACAAUAGCUCAGCUGUGCCAACCCUUCCUCAGAUUCCAGUUAAUGAGGGUGCAGUGGCUGGGUUGGUAGCUUAUAUUUUCAUUGCGUUCAUCCUGGCUUUCUGCUCAGCGACAGUCAACUAUAUUAUGCCUUUUGUAUUUGGGGCCCUUACACUAACACUGAUCUUUGAGGCGAUAGGGCUGUUUGGUCGCUGGGCCCUGGUAGUCUCUGGUGUACUGGAGUUAAUAAUAGUGCUAUGUGGACUUUAUGGGGCAGGAGCUCUUCUACUUAAAGGCAUCACUCAGAAAUAUGUUCUUCCAGGCUUUGGUAAUUCUCUUUUCAAUGUCCUGCUGCUGGGUUCUGCCAAUCGCAACUCUUCAAAAAAUACCGGAGAAGAAAAGAAAAAAAAUACAAAGUAUGCUGAACCAAUGGCACUAGGUUACCUGUGUGACUCCAUUUCUCCUUUCAUUAUGGCAUUCUACUGCUUUGGAUACAUGAAGACAUUCUAUGUAGGUUCCAUAUGGAUCAGCAUCAUUGUCAUCUCUCAGUUGUGUUCUAGCUACUACAGUUAUCUACGGGAUGAUGUUUACCAUGCUACUAAAUUUGCUUUCCAUGGUACCUUCUGGCUGGUGAAGUCAUGGGAAGAGUUUACCGUUACAGUUGUUCUCACACCUGGAAAUGUCUCCAAUAGCAGACAGUUGAUGGUUGGUGACUGGUUCUUUCUGGCUGCGGCAUGUGUGUUCUGCUUUUUAUCAUUAAAUAAAGACAUUCUAGAAGUGACUCACAAUACUGCAUUUGCCCUCAUGACUAUAUCCACAAUCCAGCAGAUACCAAGUGCAGCUGCUUACAUAUUCUUUGGAGUGACUUGCAGCAUAUUUACUGUAGUUUCCCUUUACACAUCAUUUGCCAGUCUUGUUAAUUCAAUUGCAGAGAAAGUACUAAUACCCAUUGGGAACAUAGUGAUAUCAAGUGCCAAGUUUCAGGAUGCCUUGUUUUGGUGCAGACGAAACCUGCAAAAGUCUGAGCAGGAAUUGGACAUGAAGGAAAAUCUCCGCUCCCGCUCCUCCGAUCCCCUGUUCUACAUCUGCAAUGGAUUAGCAGCACUGGCGGCCAUCCAGAGUUCAUUGGACCAUACAAUCCAAGCACAUUUGUCUAUUCCUUGGGUACUUAUACCUGGUGCUAUUAUGCAGCUGUAUGUCUGUAGAAUUGAUGUCCAAGGAGGUCGAAGAUUUGGAUCAGUUCUGCCAUUUUGUUAUGCUGCUAUCUGGGCGACAUGGGUAUGGCUGCGUUUUGCAGGUAUCGCGCUGCCUCUCUGCAAUCUCCUCCUGGAUGUCUGAACGCUCUCUAAAGCUAAACAUGGACAAAACGGAACUCAUCAUCUUCCCCCCAUCCAGAGCAACACCCCCGACCAAUAUCUCCAUCAUUGUUGACAACACCACCAUCUCCCCCGUUCCCCAACUCCGCUGCCUGGGCGUCACUCUUGACUCCUCCCUCUCCUUUGCACCCCACAUCCAAGCUCUGGCACAAUCCUGUCGUUUCCAGCUACGCAACAUUGCUCGUAUCAGGCCAUAUCUCUCCCAGAGUGCAACUAAACUCAUCAUCCACUCACUGGUCAUCUCACGUCUUGACUACUGCAAUGUCCUCCUCACUGGCCUCGCUUGCUCCCAUCUUGCUCCCCUCCAAUCUGUCCUGAACUCCGCAGCUAGGCUUAUCUUCCUCUCACGCCGCACCACAUCUGCCACUCCCCUUCAACAAAAUCUACACUGGCUCCCAUUCCCCUACAGAAUCCUCUUCAAACUCCUCACCCUUACAUACAAAGCCAUCUCGAUUUCCACUGCUCCCUACAUCUCCAACCUCCUUUCCCUUCAUACUCCCUCCCGCCCCCUACGGUCGACUAAUGACCGUCGCCUCUCCACCGCCCUGGUUACUGCUUCCCAUGCACGAGUUCAGGAUUUUGCCCGUGCUGCACCCCUUCAGUGGAACGCACUCCCCCGCUCCAUUAGACUCUCCCCGACCUUGCAAAGCUUCAAACGGGCACUAAAAACCCACCUAUUCAUCAAAGCGUACCCUUCUGAUGCAUAACCCAGAGCUGAAGCCGCGCCUCCACCCCCCCUGCCUCAUGCCGUGAACAUCUCAGCUUUGCUUGCAUACUGCCAUCAGGCUACCUCCCACUUGCCUGCACCUCUUGUCAUCUGUCUGUUGCCCCUCCCCAAUAGAUUGUUAGCUCUUCAGAGCAGGGCCCUCUUUCCUCUUGUUAUCUAAUCCCUCGUCUCAACACAUUUCACUCACAGCUCUCCCCUACUCAACGACCAUCUUUAUCCUGCUAGUAAAGGCUCAUCUCCAUCUAUGACCACCAGCCCCUAGUAGUACGGUGAUCACUCCCUCAAUACUUACAUCUUAGCUGUACUAUGUCUUGAGAACGUGUGGUGCUCUGUUACCUGUACUCUAUUUCUGUUAUUUAUUUACUGUAAUGCAAUGUUUUGUCCCCUGUACUGUCCUUUGUACGGCGCUGCGAAACACAUGUGGCGCCUUAUAAAUAAAAUGUAAUAAUAAUAAUAAUAUAAGUAAACGCAAUGUAAUCAACUCUUCUACAUAUAAACAGCCCAUGGCAUAAUGAAUACAUGCUAUAAGAUUUAUAUACUUCAAUUCUAUACACUAAAUCAAUUCCUUUAAGUAUCAUCUAUAAAGUUUUCCUCAUCCCUAAUUGCCAGCCAGGCUAUCAACUUUCUGUGAAGAAUGAAUCAGUAAUAUCAAAUAAUAUCUAAAUACCAUCGUAGUUUUCACAUUUCAUUGUAACUUUGUGGAGAAAUUUAAAAGAGAAGUCUCCUGGAAUCUAUAUAGUAUUUAUUAUUAGUGUAAUAUGGAGAACACUGCAAGGACUAAUUCCAAUGAUCUUUCUCUGUGAUUUCUAAAGCCUAAUAUAUAUUAUUUUUCCUAGGUUCUUUGCUAGGAAUCGCUACAAAUAAUGAUGGAGGAUUCACAGUCGGUGCAAUUGCUUUUUUAAUAGUCAACAUAUUUUUAGUUG